GCUUUUUUUCCUAUCCAGCAGCAAACCACCAUCGGCUGUCGCUGAUAUCCUUGAACCGGACCUUUUCAGUGCUUUCAAAGGAGACCAUGGAAUUUCAACUUGGGGCUGAGACUGUUCCAUUGUAAUUAAGGCAUGAGAAACAUUGCAUAGAGUUAUCUAAACAAAGAAGAAGGAUGAACGUCACAGAGGUGGAGGAUCAUAUUUCCAUGAAAUAUGAAAUACAAAGAAGACUUGGAAAGGGGGCAUAUGGGAUUGUAUGGAAGGCUGUGGACAGGCAGACAGGAGAAGUUGUGGCUGUUAAGAAAAUAUUUGAUGCCUUCAGGAAUAGGACUGAUGCCCAGAGGACAUUCAGAGAAAUAAUGUUUCUUCAGGAAUUUGGAGAUCAUGCCAACAUCAUCAAACUGCUGAACGUCAUCAGAGCUCAAAAUGACAACGAUAUUUACCUGGUCUUUGAAUACAUGGACACCGACCUGCACGCGGUGAUAAAGAAAGGCAACCUGCUGAAAGACAUCCAUAAACGCUAUGUCAUGCAUCAACUCCUUAAGGCCACCAAAUACAUGCACUCAGGCAAUGUCAUCCACAGAGACCAGAAGCCGUCCAAUAUUCUGCUUGACACGGAUUGCUUUGUGAAGCUGUGUGACUUCGGUUUAGCAAGAUCUCUCUACCAGAUCCAGGAGGAUGCUGGGAACCCGGCGCUGACCGAGUAUGUGGCGACGCGGUGGUACAGACCUCCUGAGAUCCUGCUGGGCUCCUCAAGGUACACAAAGGGUGUAGACAUGUGGAGUAUAGGUUGUAUCCUAGGAGAGAUGCUGCUUGGGAAGCCCCUUUUCCCUGGAACCUCCACCAUCAACCAGAUAGAAAAAAUCAUGAGUGCCAUUCCACACCCUAGUCCAGAGGACGUACUUUCGAUCAGAUCUGAGUAUGGUGCCUCUGUGAUUCAGAGGAUGCUACUGAGGCCCCAGGUGCCUCUAGAGGACCUUCUGCAGCCGUCGGUGCCCCCUGAUGCCCUAGACCUGGUGUGUCGCCUGCUGGUUUUCAACCCAGAUAAGAGGCUGACCGCUGAGCAGGCCCUGCAGCACCUCUACGUCUCCAGAUUCCACAACCCAGACAAGGAGCCAGGUCUGGACCAUGCCGUGAUCCUGCCUGUGGAUGAUGAUGUCCAGUUGUCGGUGGUUCAGUACCGCAACAAACUGUACAAGAUGAUUCUAGAGAAGAGGACCACAAGGAGAAUGCUACGUAAUAUCCAGCCCAGGCCGAAGAAGAAAGAGGAGCCGGUUUCUGGGUCUGGGUGUGACAGUGGAGACCAUGGGAAGGAAAGGCCCAAUGGGAAGAACAAAGGCGGGCCGGAUCCAGUCCCACUGGCUGGUGAUGGUGGAGGGGACCUUUGGGUUAAAUCCCUUCAUGGUAAGACUGAACACCAGGCUGCUCGUCCAGUUAUCACCAUACCCACCCCAGUACCUGUGUCUACCCUGCCAGCCCUGGAGAAUACCAGCCCUGCAGCUAGCCCCGUCAUGGGAAAGACUACAUAUAAUCCCAUCACACAUGUUGCCAAUGGUUUUGUUAGAAGUCUGGCUGGACCACCUCACUAUUUUCGCUCUGGUACUGCCAGCAGGAAAUUGGAGCAACAGAUGAGUGUUGAAAAUGUAACUGUACUGCCAGCAGAGGGCGCUAACGGCAACACUGUUUCUAUGGAGCAGAUUCUGCAGCGCGGUCGCUCAGCACCUGUCAGCCACAACCGUUCCUUCUCCCUGACCCUCUCCCAUCCCCAGAACAACCCGCUGGUCCGCAGAGACGAGCCCUCUGUGUCCUCAGGGAUAUGUGUCACCUCUGCACGCCUGAACCAGCAGUCCCAGUCUCAGACACGAGAGGCACGGCCCCCUCCCAGGUUCAGUAAGAAGGUUUUCCAGAGUAAAGCCAAUGUGGUGGCUGCCGGGGAUCCCCGUGCCAAACUGGGCAGCUAUUCUCAGGCCUAUGGCACCAUCAACAAGACAGAGCUGGAUAACCUUAUGAAGAAUCAACAGUAACCACCACACUAUGCUGGAUGUAUGGGACACUGUCUGACAUCAGACGGGCAAUAGACGAGGGGACAGGGAACAGGGAGAUAUAGGCUAGUGGAAUGUUUGGGGAGGAAAGUAUUAUUGCGAGACGAAAGUUAGGAGUUCAGCAGUACAGAUUGGAAGUAACCAUGGAGACAUGGAAAUCCAUAGAGUAAAGGUGACAAUGAUUAAAUGCCAUCAACUUAGCCCCACUUCCUUUGUGAAAUAAUGACUCGCUGGGAAAUGGUAACUAUAAAUCCUUAGCUUAAUGUAACUACAUUUGCAAGGGUUUUUACAGUGAAAUGCUUUAUACUAGAGGACAGCAGAUAUACCAGUGUAAAUAUAUACAGUACCAGUCAAAGGUUUGGACACACCUACUCAUUCAAGGGUUUUUCUUUAUUUUUACUAUUUUCUACAUUGUAGAAUAAUAGUGAAGACAUUCCAACUAUGGCAUAACACAUAUGGAAUCAUGUAUUAAGCAAAAAAGUGUAAAACAAAUCAAAAUAUAUUUUAUAUUUGAGAUUCUUCAAAGUAGCCACAUUGAUGACAGCUUUGCACACUCUUGGCAUUCUCUCAACCAAGUUCACCUAGAAUGUUUAGCUUUUUCAACCGUCUUGAAGGAGUUCCCGCAUAUGCUGAGCACUUGUUGGCUGCUUUUCCUUCACUCUGCGGUCCAACUCAUCCCAAACCAUCUCAAUUGGGUUGAGUGAUUGUGGAGGACAGGUCAUCUGAUGCAGCACUCCGUCACUCUCUUGGUCAAAUAGCCCUUACACAGCCUGGAGGUGUGUUGGGCCAUUGUCCCGUUGAAAAACAAAUUAUAGUCCCACUAAGUGCAAAACAGAUGGCAUGGCGUAUGCUGUGGUAGCCAUGCUGUUUAAGUGUGCCUUGAAUUCUAAAUAAAUCACAGACCAUGUCACCAGCAAAGCACCCCCACAUCAUCACACCUCCUCCAUGCUUCAUGGUGGGAACCACACAUGCAGAGAUCAUCCAUUCACCUACUCUGCAUCUCACAAAGACAUGGCAGUUGGAACCAAAAAUCUGAAAUUUGGACUAAUCAGACCAAAUUUGGACUAAUCAGACCGGUCUAAUGUCCAUUGCUCGUGUUUCUUGGCCCAAGCAAGUCUCUUCUUCUUAUUGGUGUCCUUUAGUAGUGGUUUCUUUGCAGCAAUUCACAGUCUCUUCUGAACAGUUGAAAUUGAGAUGUGUCUGUUCAACUCUGUGAAGCAUUUAUUUGGGCUGCAAUCUGAGGUGCAGUUAACUCUAAUGAACUUAUCUUCUGCAGCAGAGGUAACUGUGGGUCUUCCUUUCCUGUGGCAGUCCUCAUGAGAGCCAGUUUCAUCAUAGCACUUGAUGGUUUUUGCGACUGCACUUGAAGUUCUUGAAAUUCUUUCAAAAUUCUUGAAAUGUUCCACAUUGACUGACCUUCAUGUCUUAAAGUAAUGGACUGUCGUUUCUCUUUGCUUAUUUGAGCUGUUCUUGCCAUAAUAUGGAC